AUGGUCCAGGAGAGGGCGAGAGGGUCUGCGUGGCCUGAUUCAAUGAGACCGGCUCCUUACGCAGCCACAAUAAGCUCCGCUGCCGCAGACCAUCUUCCCUCGGUACAGGUUGUAAACGUGCAGAACGAGGAUCAUCCUACCCAUGACACGAUUGCGAGGCAUUCGAAUGCGCCCAUUGCCCCAGUUGAAGUUGCCACAUCUGAAGACGAGAAGUAA